GAGGCACAGAUCCGUAGGGCUGAUGAUAGGGUCGGGUAUUUGUUACGCCGGUUAAGGGAUCAUAAUCUGCUGAAUAACACGAAUAUAAUUGUUUUGUCAGACCAUGGGAUGGCUGAAGUCAGAGGCAAUCGUGUGAUAAAUCUGAGCAAAUUGGUGAACCCGGACUGGUAUCAUAUGGUGGGCGCCUCCCCCACGUGGUCUAUAGCUCCCAAACACGGCUACACGAGUCGUGUAUACGACGCCCUUAAGAAGGUCUCCAAAAGCAAUCACUUCACCGUCUACUGGAAGGAUGACAUACCGGAGCACUUCCAUUACAAACACAAUCGACGGGUAUUACCCAUAUUUCUGAUGGCCGAUGAGGGCUGGGAUGUGUUUAAAGAGGGCAAGAAGUGGAGGCCGAAGGGCUAUCCCGUGUGGGGUAAUCACGGGUGGGAUAACACUCUGCCGUCAAUGAGACCCCUAUUUGUGGCGAAAGGACCGGCGUUUAAGUCGAGAUAUGUGCACAGCCGGGUGUUUCUCAAUACAGAUCUCUUUCCACUUAUGUUACAGAUAUUAGGACUUCCCUCUAAGCAGUUCCCAAGUGAUGGCUCACUCAAUACGCUUAUAAGCAGCGGCAGUGGCGGGGGUUCGCCAUCACCUCCAGCGAGUAUCAAUCUAUUGGCUGUCAAUAACUACAACGAAUGUGAGGGCAAAGACACAAAUAACUACACAUUCAUCAGGACCUGGUCUCAGACCCUUCCCUGUACUGAUGACAGGGAUGGCACCGCAUGGGUUGGUAGUAAUGAUACGCUGAGUGCCUGUCCACCUAACGGCCCCCGUGUUGUCUACCAAUUGGAAAAGUUAGCCAACUCGACAUACCCACAGGGAGCAUUCGUUCAAAUAGAGACACUGUAUUUGGUAGUAAGUGGUCAGGGACCUUUGCAGGGAAAGUAUGUCUACUCCAAAUAUAUUAUACUACUGGAUGUGUAUCAGAAAGCGUGUACUACGGUAUUGGGAUUGGGCUACACGUCCACUAACAAUGCCGUCCUAUUGAUUAGCGAUAAUUUAAAUCUUAAUGUCUUUGUAUCGCCUGCCGGUGCUUACGACCAGUUUAAGAAGGGCUGCACCACUGUAUGCAAGGGAUCGGGAUUCACUGUAUAA